AUGGCGCCUCAAACAGAAAUCCCAGUUGCCGCCAAUGUACUUGGGACAAUAGGAACUGUCUUCUGGUGUGUCCAGCUCAUCCCGCAAAUAUGGACCAACUACCGCACCAAAAGCACAACUGGCCUCCCGGGAACCAUGAUGUUCCUCUGGGCGCUGUGCGGCGUUCCGUUCGGGGUAAAAUGGCCAACCUGGAAAGCCACUCUCCUAGCCUUGAUUGUGGCUUGCGUGUUUGCCGGUGUUGAGGCUGCCCUGAUCUUGACACUACGGCCCCUUUACGAAGCAGGCAACGAAACCCCCGUCCGAGUUAUUGGCAUCAUAGCCGCCAUCCUCCUCGCCGCCGGCCUCCUGCCUCCCUACGGAGAAAUGUACAAGCGGCACGGUCGGGUCGUCGGCAUUAACUGGAUCUUUCUGUCGAUGGACUGGUCGGGAGCCUUCUUCUCCCUCAUGGCCGUGGUGACGCAAAACACGUUUGACGUUCUGGGUGGUGUGCUCUACAUCAUUUGCGCCUUCCUUGAGCUGGGCAUCUUUGCGUCACACUUGAUUUGGUUGGCGAGGACGAGAAGCAUAAGGAAGAAACUCAAAAAUGAUGGCAAGACUUUUGACGAUUUGUUGGGCGAGUAUGAGAAGCGGGGAGAGAGUUGGAAGUGGGCAGAGAGGGAUUUAAAUUUGGGGAGGUUAAAGUUUUGGGCGAGGAAGGACAAGAAGAGGGAAGAGGAGGAGGGUGAAGGGGAGAUUGAGCAAAGGGAUUUGGAAAAGCAGGAUGUCGGUGAUUCUGCUGCUGAUGCUGUGGGACAACAACGUGAUGGGGCUUUGGACAGUAAGAUGGCGAUGGCUGAGGCACAGAAUCAAAACGGGAACGCGGAGGAUACAGAUGCGAGUACGCCUACCAUGGUGGAUGGGGAGAACAGGGCGGUAGACAGGGCCUGAAGGGGACGGCGUUAUGGAUGAACGCCGGCUGAGGAUGUGCUCAAACGG